AUAUACCUUAAAUAUUCGAUAUGCGAAUACUGGCACACACCUUAUAUUUCACAGUUCACACAACAUGAAUGAACAUACAUAGUGAGUCUCACUUGUUUAGUAGUAAUCCCCAAUUUUGAGUAAGAUCAAGAUGGGCGGAGACCAUCUCCAAGUGCUGGACGCACUUGAUACAGCUAAAACACAGCUUUACCAUUUCACGACUAUAUUGAUCGCCGGAAUGGGAUUCUUCACCGAUGCAUACGAUCUCUUCAGCAUCUCCCUCAUCACCAAGCUCUUGGGCCGCAUUUACUACACCACCAAUCUCAACGCCCCCAAGCCGGGCACCUUGCCUCCCAAGGUGUCCUCGGCCGUCACCGGCGUCGCCCUCGUCGGCACCCUCGCCGGCCAGCUCUUCUUCGGCUGGCUCGGCGACAAGAUGGGCCGCAAGAAAGUCUACGGCCUCACCCUCAUCCUCAUGAUCGUCUGCUCCAUCGCCUCCGGCCUCUCCUUCGGCCACUCCCCCAAAGGCGUCAUGGCCACCCUCUGCUUCUUCCGCUUCUGGCUCGGCUUCGGCAUCGGUGGCGACUACCCCCUCUCCGCCACCAUCAUGUCCGAGUACGCCAACAAGAAAACCCGCGGUGCAUUUAUCGCGGCCGUCUUCGCCAUGCAGGGCUUUGGCAUCCUCACGAGCGGCAUCGUCGCUCUCAUCGUGUCCGCGGCCUUCGACCACGCCUACAACGCGCCGAUCUACUCAGUCAAUGCGGCCGAGUCCACGGUGCCCGAGGCAGACUACAUCUGGCGGAUUAUAGUCAUGUUCGGUGCGCUCCCUGCGGCCCUGACUUUCUACUGGCGGAUGAAGAUGCCCGAGACAGCGCGAUACACUGCGCUCGUGGCGAAGAACGCGAAGCAGGCGGCGCAGGACAUGGCGAAGGUGUUGAACGUCGAUCUGGAGGCGGAGGAGGAGAAGGUGGAGAAAUAUGCCGAGAAGUCAUCCAACAGCUUCGGCCUUUUCUCUAGAGAGUUCGUGAGACGCCAUGGAAUGCACCUUUUAGGCACAACUUCAACAUGGUUCUUGCUUGACAUAGCUUUCUACAGCAACAACCUCUUCCAGAAGGACAUCUUCACCGCGGUGGGGUGGAUCCCGAAGCCGGAGACGAUGAACGCGGUGCACGAGGUGUUCCGUGUAGCGAGAGCGCAGACGCUGGUGGCUCUCUUCGCCACCGUGCCAGGCUACUGGUUCACGGUGGCGUUCAUCGAUAUAAUCGGGAGGUUCACAAUCCAGAUUGUGGGAUUUUUCUUCAUGACGGUGUUCAUGUUUGCGCUGGCGUUUCCUUACGAUCACUGGAUGAAGAAGGACAACAGGAUCGGGUUCGUGAUCAUGUACGCGCUGACGUUCUUCUUCGCCAAUUUCGGGCCCAACGCCACGACGUUUGUGGUGCCGGCGGAGAUAUUUCCGGCGAGGCUGAGGUCGACGUGCCACGGGAUAUCGGCUGCGGCUGGGAAGGCGGGGGCGAUUAUAGGAGCGUUCGGGUUCUUGUAUGCGGCGCAGCCUAAGGAUCUGAGCAAGAGGGAUCACGGGUAUCCGGCAGGGAUAGGGAUCAAGAACACGCUGAUCGUGCUCGGGUGCGUGAACUUGUUAGGGCUGUUUUUCACAUUCUUGGUGCCGGAAGCCAAGGGGAAAUCGCUGGAGGAGAUGUCGGGGGAGAAUGAAGGCGACGGUUACGGGGAGACGGGACAAGGCGAUGGAUCCAACAGGACUGUGCCGGCUUAGUGUACUCAAGUCUUUGUUGUUUUUCAUAUUUGUCAAACUCUGUGAUGGGGAGAGAGUUAUUUAUGUCUUGUAUUUAUGUGAAUCAAUAUUGAUGCUGAAUCGUACGUUCGUAUACAUAUGGUUUUAUUUUCA